CAAAUCGAGGACCAGUCGUCCAGUUCAAACUUUCGGACAUCGGAGAGGGAAUCAUGGAGGUGACGGUGAAGGAAUGGUAUGUGAAGGAGGGCGAUAAAGUUUCUCAGUUUGACAGCAUCUGUGAGGUUCAGAGUGACAAGGCGUCCGUCACCAUCACCAGCCGCUACGACGGCGUCAUCAAGAGACUCUACUACGAUGUGGACGCCACUGCGUUAGUGGGCAAACCGCUGGUGGACAUCGAGACGGAGUCCAGUUCAGAGGUGAUCCAGGAGGAGGACGUGGUCGAGACGCCCGCUAUGGCUCGAGAAGAACACACCCACCAGGAAAUCAAAGGACACAAGACCCAGGCCACGCCCGCUGUGAGACGCCUCGCCAUGGAGAACAACAUAAAGCUUAGUGAGGUGGUGGGGACAGGUAAAGAUGGACGGAUCCUGAAGGAAGACAUCCUAAACUUCCUUGCAAAGCAGACGGGAGCCAUCUUACCUCCGACCCCAGUUCAUGAGAUCCAGACUCCAGGACCGGUCCAGGUUGCCGCCGCCAGGCCCGUGAGCACUCUGGCUGCCACUAAACCCCCGCCCACCACAGCCAAACCUGUCUUUACCGGGAAGGACGUCACAGAACCCCUGAAAGGUUUCCACAAAGCGAUGGUGAAGACGAUGACGGCGGCGUUGAUGAUUCCUCACUUUGGUUACUGUGACGAGGUCGAUCUGACCCGCCUGGUGGCGUUGAGACGUGAACUCAGAUCAGUGGCUGAAGGUCGAGGGGUCAAACUCAGCUACAUGCCCUUCUUCAUCAAGGCGGCCUCCCUGGGUCUCCUACACUUUCCGAUCCUGAACGCUUCUUUGGACGACAGCUGCCAGAACAUCACUUACAAGGCGUCUCAUAACAUCGGGCUGGCAAUGGACACAAGUCAGGGUCUGCUGGUUCCAAACGUGAAGAACGUGCAGCUGCUCAGUGUGUUCGACAUCGCGCAAGAACUGAACCGUCUGCAGGCGCUGGGGUCAGUUGGCCAGCUGGGAACCAAUGAGCUGAGUGGAGGAACCUUCACGCUGUCCAACAUCGGAUCAGUGAGUCCAGCUACGUAACUAAUACGCAACUAACGCACAACUAAUAUUU